AUGUCACAUCAUCAUCACGCUCCUAUUUUGAACACUGCCAUUUUAUUACUUUUGGUUAUUUUGACAGGAGUUGGAACUUUUACAGCUUGUGAGUUCUAAUUUUGAGACGAGUUUUUCCAAUGGUCAAAAUCUCGGGUCGACAGAAAAAAUUGGUAGUACUGAAAAAAGUUCAAGUGAAUCUAACUGUAUUUUUAUAUUUUUCUGAAUUUAUGUUUUUUUCGGGUAAAAACUAGGGCUCAAAAGUUACGUUGAAAUUUAAAAAAAAAUUCGAAAAUCAAGUCGCUAAUGAACAUUUUUUUAAUAGGAAAUUUUUUUGAGAACAUUAUUUUGUGAAUUUUUCUGAAGUUCAAAUUUUGGGGGUCUAAAUAUCAUUUAGGGCCCCCGUAUAAGAUUAACCCCAGAAGAAGGUUCCAAUCCAAAAACAAGGCCGCAAAUAUGGCCCCCGCCCAUUUCUCUCCAAUUCCCAUCUACAUAUUUUCAGACUGGGGAACCGGCACAACAAACCACAUUGGAAUCUAUCAAUGGGGUACCGCUGAAGGUCCCGAAGUUUUUAAUAAUGGACCAGCUUGGAUGAAAUGGGUUGUAGUUUGUCAAUUGAUCGCUUUCAGUUUGGAACUUCUAUUUUUGCUUUUGGCGAUUCCAGCAAUGUAAUCUCACUGUUUUCUGCAAAAAAUUACCAAUCGGAUUUUAAUUUUUUCCAGAAUUUUCCGAAAAAUGCUGCCAGUUCACGCGUUCUCCACAGGAAUCGCAUUUUUGAUUUUGCUAUUCCUUACAAUUGCAUUGGUGACAUUUGCGGUGAAUGUGGGAAGCUACACAGCACUUCACGAUAAUUUCAAAGUAGGGGUUUCCUAAUUAUUGACUUGAUUUUGUGAAAAAAUCCAUAUUUUCAGCUUGGGUGGUCUUGGUAUGUUUCUCUUUCUGCUGCUAUUUUUGCAUUCUUCUUAUUUUUGUCAACUUCUGCAUCAACCGGAUAUGGAGCUUAUCAUCAAUACAGAUAA